AUGCGUAGCAGCUUGAACGGACGCACCCGCAAUAGCACGCACACGUACACACGCACAGCCAUGAGGCAUGUCGGAUGGCGCAACUCACUAUCACGCCGCUGUGUCCAGAGCACCUCAGAAGUAUCUCACAUGGAAAGUGCUGGCCUCACCACAGGUCUUGGUACAUCCACCCCGCCCACUCCAUCAGCUAGCCAAGCUGCCACGCUAUCGAUGAAUUUCGCUCUCUCCUCCACCUCCACAACUGCUGUACCGACUGAGCCCUCGACGACGGCAUUGGCAUUUGAGCAGAUUUUUGGUGGACUCAUGCUUCCUCCGCCCACGGCGAGCACGGCAAAGGGAUUAGUGAUGGGAGAGAAGGAGUGUCCCACUGGGCUACCCCCCUGGAUAACGACUUCUUCCAUUGGGGAGAGCGGAAUUCCUGCUGGAGGGGGUAAGAUGGUCGUUGUUUGUGUCUCAGAUCUAAAGAAAUUCAUUCAGCUUCAACCAAAGGUCAAGAUCAACAUAAGUAGCCCAGAAGAAGUAGUCUCUCUUGAUAAUGAACUCCACUGGGCCACAUACCGCCUGGAUGAUCACAUGACGGCUCUUUGA